AUGCUCCCGACUCGAGACGCCGGUGGUCCGCAAGGGCCACUAGAAGAUCGCCUCCGGAAUCUGAUCAUCACCAACUCGGAUUCCACAGGGCGGGAUGCAUCCUCUCAACUUCCGCCUCCUGGCCCUGGGGCUAUGGACUAUCAGACUCAGCCGUCCUUAGACCAGAUAGCUGAGCAGGGCCCCCAAGGUAUUCAGCCUACUGCCAACCGAGAGUCACAAACGGGAACCAAGACCUCUAGGAAACGUCCCAACCAGGCACAACGUAGGCAAAUGUCAGCGCAGCUCUCCAUUCCGAUAGAUCCACGGCCACAGCCGCCUCCACAGGCUGCCAGACACUACACAAGUCCUACUUCCACUGUUUAUGGCCAUAACAGUCAGUUCCAAGGGUCUCAGCAGAUGGCUCAACGUCCUCAGUCUGCCGGCUUCCGGCCCACCUACUACAGUCAGCCCUUUCAGCACACCGAUAACAUCUCUCGUGGCUAUCCAGCACAGCCUCGUCACCAGCAGUCUCAGUCAUACCACGGGCCUGUUUCUCAAGCGCGGGCGCCGGAUUGGCGGCAGCCUCCCGGCCCGCCUCCCGGCCGCGGCGCCGACUAUGCUUCAAGGGGCCACAACCCCUCAUUCUCGGACCAUGGUGCCUCUUCCCCUGCAUUUCAUAGGUACCCGAACUCGGCUCCUCAUCACCAACCGAGACACCAUCAUGUCAGAUCUGAGGAUUUGAGAGACCAAGCCUCACUGCUCGAGGAAUUAUGCCGCACAAUCAUAGCUGAUGCCGAGAUUGAUGUGGCCCUGAUCCAGGAAAAGGAGACGUUCCGUCUCAAGAUUGAACGCAUUUGUCAAAAUGCAAUUGCACAGUUCGAGCGAGAGACCAACAGGCUGGCAAACUUUCCCCUUGACAGCGUCCAGCUACGUUGCUUUGGCAGCCUAUCCUCUGGCUUUGCCACUAAGGCAUCGGAUAUGGACCUUGGCAUUCUAUCCCCGCUGUCAAACCCUCAACCAGACGAGCCCGGCUCACCCAUUCCCCGGAUCCUCGAGAAGGCGUUUCUUGAUGCGGGUCUGGGCGCUCGCUUACUCACAAGGACUCGCGUUCCGAUCAUAAAGCUCUGCGAGAGCCCUCCUGAGAAGCUCAGACAGGACCUCCUGCGGGAACGGACCAAGUGGGAGCAAGGCAUCACCGAUGACCAUGAUUCAGCGGAUGUAGAUGAUCAUGAACACGAGGAGCCCGAACGGCCAUCUACCCAAGAUGGGCCAGAAGUUCACGACGUGGCGGCCCCUAAAGACCUUCAGCCUACCGGCAACGUGGAGAGUGCAAUGGCCAACAACACAUCAGAUGCAGCCAGGCAGAGGUCCUCGAAACCCGUGACAAACGCACAUACUAGGCCGGGAGAGAAGACUCUACGACUCAAGCAAGCAGAUAGGCAACAUCUGGUCAACUACUAUAGUCUCGCUAAACGGUUGCUUCGGAAGCUUGACAGCCGCGAUAUUACCCAUUCCACGGCAAAGCAUUUCCGCCAUGAAGACUUCAUUAUUCUCAACGAAGUUUCUCGCGCUUUUGUUCGCGGUCUGUCGGAUGGGCGACUGAGGGAUCGUCUCAUGAGUUAUCACUCGUUCUAUCCGUGUGAUGCAAUGGGCACCCCAGUAUUCCGGUCUCUCGCUGGGGUUUAUACGCAAGCCGAAGGCGAAAGACUGGUUAUUGCUUGGGAGGAACGAAAAGUGCAUGAGAAAAGCGAAGCCAACGAAAUCCAAGCACUGAGGAAGAUCAACGCGUGGAGAGAGCUCCAGGAUAGGGAUGACUUCGGGCUGGACCUUCUGGGGUACAACAAAGAACUUCAGCUUGCAGCGGAUCAACUUGGAAGGAUUCCAUCCAUCCAACUCAUGACUCUGGAGCAAGGCCAAUACGAGUCACCGACGCAAUAUCACCGCAGAGCUAUCAAGCUCCUGUUGGACCUAGGCGGCUAUGAUUCGACCACCUCCACCACAGACAACCUGCCCAUUCAUGCCACCACUAUCGAACACUACAUCAAGGGCAUAUGGAGUGAUGAGAUCCGUAAGCAAGUGAGGGCCUUUGCGCUGGAGAAUGGGUCCGUGACCUUGCGCGCAGUCGCAAGGCGGCACAAGGGCCUUCAUCUUGCUGCCGAGUUCGAGAAGGCGAUAGAGAAAGGACUGUACGACGGCGCUUGUGUAGAGGAUAUCAAGGCUUACGUUGCGCUCCUCCGCAUGCCCUUGACCUACACUCCUUCAACGGAUAAUCAUUUCGACUAUCUUGUGCACACUUCAGCCAGCUCGUCGGCAUUACUCAAGAAGAUUCUGAAAGUCGCCGAUCCCGCAAAGCUCGCGCCAAAUCAGCCUCGCGACCCUUAUCGGGACCGCCUUGAAUUUCCCAAGUCUGGCGUUGGUGUGCAAUGCGAUAUUAAUUUCUCUGCACAUCUUGCUCUGCAAAACACUCUUCUCCUUCGUUGUUACUCUCAUACGGACCCGCGUGUGAGACCCAUGGUCCUAUUUGUCAAGCACUGGGCAAAGGUCCGCGAUAUCAACACGCCGUACAGGGGAACUCUGAGCAGUUAUGGCUAUGUCCUGAUGGUCCUUCACUACUUGGUCAACAUCGCACAGCCUUUUGUGUGCCCCAAUCUCCAAGUCCUGGCGCCACCCCCUGACCCUUCUCUUACCAAGGAGCAGCUCCAAGAGACCAUGUUCUGCAAGGGAAGAAACAUCCAAUUCUGGAGGGAUGAGAACGCAAUCAAGAAUCUCGCCCGGGAGGGCACUCUUACGCAGAACCGCGACCCCAUCGGCGUUCUCCUCCGGGGUUUCUUCGAAUACUACGCCCAGAAUAAUUUCUUGAGCACCGCGCCCGGACGAGGAUUUGACUGGGGCCGUGACGUGCUCAGCCUACGAACCCAGGGAGGCCUUGUUUCCAAGCAGGACAAAGGUUGGACGGGAGCCAAGACCGUCCUGGAGAAGAUUCCAUCUGCCGCUCCCCCAGAUCAGACUGCGCCUCCAAAAACGCCCGUUACUGCCGAGACUCCCCCUCCCAUCACCCCUGUAAGCAUCGGCCCAGGCAAUGAGAACGAUGCCAAGCUUUCAGCGACGCCCAGAGAGGGCGAGGUGAAAGAGGUCCGACACCGCUAUCUUUUCGCGAUCGAGGACCCCUUUGAGCUGGAUCACAACGUCGCCCGUACGGUGACGCACAACGGAAUCGUGUCAAUCCGAGAUGAGUUCCGACGAGCAUGGCGUAUCAUACGCAGCACCGGCAAGGGUGGUGUGCCGCAAGAGAACCUGCUUCAGGAUGUCAAAGACAAGGGAGAGGAGAAGAACUUGUACUGGGAACUUCUUGCCGAGCUCCAUGGCCGAGAGUCUUUCGAAGCCUAG